CGCCGUCCCCGCCCGCAGAGCGGCAGCGCGGCCGGGCACGGCAACCUGCGCAACCCCGCCCGCUCCGCAGGUCCCCGCAGAGAUGGCGAGUGCAGAGCCCGGCCCCGAGGAUGCAGCUGAGGCCGAGGAGGCCGUGUACGAGGAGAUGCCCGGUGACAGGAUGGAGCUGAGCCAGCGCCUGGCCGUGGAGGAGCUCCUCAGCACCGAGGCCAGCUACGUGCACAACAUGCAGCUGUGCGUGCGUGACAUCCGGGCUCACCUCCAGGACAAGCAGCUGCCCGAGCUGGACCUGGAAGGACUCUUCUCCAACACCGACGACAUUCUCCAUGUGUCCCAGCGCUUUCUGAAGGGGCUGGAGGACACGCCUGGCCAGGGGCAGGAGCAGCUGCUCGGCAUCAGCACGCUGUUCCAGGAGUUCAAGGAAGAGAUGGAGGCUGUCUACAAGAUCUACUGUGCCAGCUACGACCAUGCCCUGCAGCUGGUGGAGAGCUACCGCAGGGACCCCCGGCUGCAGGAGGAGAUCCUGGACACCCUCAAUGCCACCGUGCCUCACACGGGCGCCUCAGACCUCAGCUUCUUCCUGGUGAUGCCCGUGCAGAGGGUCACCAAGUACCCUCUGCUGCUGGGGAAGAUCCUGGAGAACACCCCGAGCAGUGCCAGUGCCCACUCAGCCCUGGAGGCAGCGGCUCGUGCCAUGGCCCAGGUCAAUGCCAACAUCAACGAGUACAAGCGGCGCCGCGAAGUGGCAACCAAAUACACCAAGGCCGAGCACCUGACGCUGCGGGCGCGCCUGGCGCGGCUCAACACGCACUCCAUCGCCAAGAAAACCACGCGCCUCAGCCGGCUGCUCAUGCACGAGGCUGGCAUCGUGGCCAAGACUGAGGACAAGGAAUAUGACGACCUGGAAGAGAAGUUCCAGUGUGUGGCAUCCAGUGUGGCCACGCUGAAGGAGAACAUGGCAUCCUACCUGGGCCACCUAGAGGCGUUCCUGCUGCCCAGCCCGCACCUGUGUGAGCUGCAGAUGGAGCAGGGACCUGCCCAGCAGCACCGCCGGCUCUCCCAGCUCCUGCAGAGCGCCGUGUUCCCCGAGUUUAAGCAGCGUGUGGGCAGGCUGGUGUGGCAGCCCCUCUGCAGCCUCUCAGACAUGCUGGAGGGGCCCCAGCAGCUGGUCAAGAAGCGCCUGGACAAGCUGCUGGACUACGAGGAGAUCCAGGAGAGGAAGAGCGAGAUGGGCAGCGUGAGCUACGAUGAGGAGGCAGCCAUGAACACCUACCUGGCCAUCAAUGACCUGCUGGUGGCCGAGCUGCCCCAGUUCAACCAGGCGGCUGUGCAGCUCCUGGGGCAGAUCCUGCGCUCCUUCAGCGCCCUGCAGCUGGACUUGGCUGCCCAGGUCCUGCACCACGCAGAAAAGGAGCUGGAGCAGCUGCCCCAUGGGCACAUGGCCCUGCCCAGCUUCUGGAAGGUGGUGGAGGACAGCCUGCAGCAGUCGGGUGCCCAGCUCCGUGCCUUCUGCCAGGCCUUUGAGACCGUGGCACCCAGCCCUGGCACACAGGCUCUGACCCCAGCUGAGGAGAGGAAGGUCCUUUCCCUUGUGAGCAAGCACGGCCCAGACAAGCUCUACCAAGUGACCAGCAACACCAGUGGCAGCAGAGAGCUGGACCUGACCUUGCUCAGGGGACAGAUCGUGGCCCUGCUGCAAAGCUCCGACACCAAGGGCAACACCAGCAGGUGGCUGGUGGAUGCUGGAGGUCCCCGAGGGUUUGUCCCUGCUGCAAAGCUCCGGCCCUACAGCCCAGUGCAGGUGCAGCAGCCGCCUGUGAUGCAGCUGCUGGGCCUGGACGGUGACUCAGAGAGAAGGAGACAUUCCUGUGCAUCCCCUGAAGCUCCCAGGCCUCAGGUGGCCACCUUCACCCCAACAUUCCAGGUGGUUGCCGGCUUCUCCUUCGCAGCACGGAGCCCGCAGGAGCUGAGCCUGCAGGCGGGGCAGCCCGUGCUGCUGCUGGAGCCCCACGACAAGAAGGGCAGCGCGGAGUGGAGCCUGGUGGAGGCGAACGGCCAGAGGGGCUACGUGCCCUCCAGCUACCUGGUGACCGUGCCCGUGCAGGAGCCGGCGGGCUGGAGCCUGCCCGUGUGAGCGUGCCAGCCCCAGCUGGGCAAGGAUGGAGGGAGCCAGCCUGGCACUGAGGAAACCUCGCAGGAGAUGCUGGAGGGAGGCAGCCCCCGGCUGGGAAGGUGGUGGGAGGCACCCGAGGGACAGGGGCACGAGGUUGGCACUUGGGAGGCGCCUUUUGACAGCAGGUGUGAGGGUGCCAGGUGCUCUGUGCGUGUUGGCACAAAGCAAAGCAGCGCCGGGGAGUGAGGGCAGGUGGCUGCAGUUAUCCGGGGAUUUGCUGCAAUCCCAGUGAGUGACAAAUGUGUCCUGCGGAGAUGAGGUGGUGUCGUCCCUGCUUAGGGCAGGAUUGAGCAGCAGAGGAGCAGCACUGCAGAGGGGUCCUCAGCCAGGCAGGGGCACUGGGGCACCUGGGCACUGAGCACCUGGGCACUGGGGCACCUGAGUGCCUGAGAAUUUGGCUGCUUGGGUACCUGAGAAACUGGGCACCUGAGAAUUUGGCUAUCUGGUCACCUGAGUAUCUAAGAAACUGGGCACCUGGGCACCUGAGAAUUUGGCUACCUGGGCACCUGAGUGCCUGAGAAACUGGGCACCUGGGAAUUUUGCUCCCUGACCGCCUG